CACAUUCUUCCUAUCGACUUUUCCCAGAAUACAAACGCCAGACCAGUUGUUGCUCUCUCUCUGCCUUCGUCCAUAAUAGACUGAGAAAACUGUUAGCCGUUUGUUUGCAAAGCUGACUUUCUUCUCCUCGGGUCAGUCUCCUUUUCCCAAACCCUACUGAUUACGUUGGCGAUUCUUUCAUCUAAAGUGUAUGUAUAUACAAUACAAUAACAUGUUUAUAUAAAAGGGGUAAUACACAUGGUCAUGCUCUUUGGAGUGUCUUGCUGAUUAGAUAUUUGCCCCAUCCGAUUAAUAAUGUAGAAGCGAAUAUGUUGUUCAACGUACGAGAACGGUUUUUCAGUUUUUUCUCAUAUGGGUUGGCUUUAAAUUUGUACUAUCAAAUAUUUUUUGAGCUGGGUUUGGUGUACUGUUAAAGACUUGUUCGUCGUUUUUCUCUGUUAUUUGAAGUUGGGUCUUAUGCAAAUUCAUGAACUUUUUAUGGAGUUAUAAGCUUCGCUGUUUUGGUGGGACAAUCAAUUGGGUUAUUGAGCUGUGAUAUUCUAUUGAGGUUUUUAUGAUCUUACUCUCGGAAUUCCAACAUGAUCUAGCAGAGAGUAAUGGUAGAUAAGUCAUGAGCUAAAAGUCUUGUUCCCAAUUUUUCCGGGCGAUUGAUUGAUUCAUGGAUGGUUAAUGUAUGAUGAGGUUUUGAAAUUUUUAUUUAUUUUAUUUUUUUGCUAUCUGGGUGGUCGGAGAAAUUUGGAUUUCUUGGAGAAUGUAUGCAGUGGGGAGGCUUGGCAACUACAUCUCCCGAGGAGUUCAUACUGUGUCUGGGCCCUUUCAUCGAUUUAGUGGUGCUGUAGAUAUAAUUGUGGUGGAACAGCAAGAUGGGACCUUCAAAUCAUCACCUUGGUAUGUUCGGUUUGGGAAAUUUCAAGGGGUUCCCAAGACAAAAGAGGAAGUGGUCAACAUAAGUGUCAAUGGAGUCCAAGCAGAUUUCCAUAUGUAUUUGGAUCACAAAGGGGAAACCUACUUUCUCAGUGAGGUGGAUGUUGAAGAGGGGAAUUCUGUGUUUUAUCCUCCAUUUUCAGAUGAGCAGUCCCGGAGUAGUACUAGUCCAUUGAAGUCCAAAAGUUUCCACUAUGAUGCUAAUCAGUCUGAUUUGGUUACUCAUAUUGAUGCCACUAAUGUGAAGAUUUUGACAAGGAAAAGUUCAUGCAGGUCUCGUAUUUUUGGUCUUGUUUUUGGAAGGAAGUCAAUGAAAGAGGAUACUAGUCAAGAGCAAGAGACUGGCCCUGGUGUUGUACGAGCAGAUUCAUUGGAGCGGGCUAAACUUGUAGCUAACCUCUUGGAAGUGAACUGGUCUACAAAUCUUGCAUGUACUAAGCGGAGGAAAACUAACGUGUCACGGCUUUCUGCUCCCGAUAUUCCAGGUGGCGAAGCAAACAAUGAUUUGCCAAUUAAGGUUAGACAGGGUGAGACGGAUUCUCCAUUGCAGGACAACAUGGUACAUAGUUUAGACUAUCAUGUGUUGCAUGAAGGAAUUAGUUCAUAUGACAGCAAAAUGGGCAAUAGUUAUCAGAAACUGGGGAGUUCUGAUAAGGAUUUUGGUGUGGAAAUCUCACAUUUAAACACUAAGCACAUUGUUGAAACAUCCUCUUUUGGUGAAAGUGGUUUGCAUGAAAAUUAUAGUUUGAAUUCUCAAACAGUAAGGAAGAUUGAUCAAUUAGGUGGAAUGAAUGUAGAUCAUGAUGAGAAUGCUAGGGGUUUCAUCUCUAAGACCAUAAGUCCUGAUCCAGAUCCUGCUCAGCUCAGUGCAUGUCCCAGCACGAAGCUUGAUGAACAGGUUUUUAAGGAGAAGGACAUUGUUUUACCAGGCGAUGGGGUCUCCAAGGAGGAGAGGGGAGAAGAUAGACUCGAAGCUUUUGUUUACUGUGAAACUUUAGAGAACUCAAAGGUAGGAGGAUUGGAGGAUUUAUAUGCCAAAACACUUCAUCAGACAGCUGAGCUAAUAUCUGAGGUAACCUCUCUACAAGAAACUAGUUUAUUAGUAGCAAAUGGGGGACGACCUUUAGAUGUUCCAGAUUUGUUAGCAGAUGGCAUAUGUGACAAUGAGGCACAGAUUCUUGGUAGUGAGGGAACUUCUUUGAACACAAUUGCAAAUAGAAUUGUAAGUGAAACCUGUACUCCAUUGGUGACUGUUGACCCAAUAUAUGGUUCCGUAAAAAAAGAUGAGUUAUGCAGCAUUUGCACUAUUUCUGAUUUCAACAAGUCAAUUUAUGAAGUACAAGAUGAGCAAAAUAUUAGGGAUGGAGAUAACAUAAGCAAUUUCCAGUAUUCUUCAAAGCCAAUUAGUGAAUCUCAAGCAUUUAGGGGUGACAGUUUCACAACAAAGGUAAUGACUGUUUCACCAUCAGACAUCUCAGAGGAAGAACAGCUCCUUUUUGGUGAUCUUGAUGAUUUCAAUCAUGGGGAAGUUAAAUGCAUAGAGUCAAUUUCUUCAGUUCAUGUUGAGCAAGAAGAUCACCCCUCAGUUGCUCCAAAUGUUAGUGAAGCAGUGAUUGAGUCACUCAACCCAAAUGAUGAGUUACAUUCAUCUCCAGACAAGUUUGUUCAAGAGAAUAUGCCAAAUGAUGUUGAAGACUUCAGACAAAAGUCAAGGACAGUUUCAACUUUCAUUAAUAUUCCACGAAGUAAUAAAGUUGCUGGUGAGGAUGUUGAGAGGAUGGCUGAAUCUUUACCUAGUAGGUGGUCUCACAUGGAUGUAUUAGAUGUAGAUGACCCCCUCUGUUCUUUAGGCCAUUCUCUAGAUUCAAAUUCUGAAUCCUUGAAGUGGAUGCUACUGAGGGGAGACAUUUCAAGCUGUAUAAAGUCAGAUGAAGACAAAGAUCUUGUAUCCCAGGCACAACCAACAGUCAAGGAUGCUCAAAUUUCACAGGAGCCUAAAGAAGUACCUGCCAGCCCUGCAGUCGCAUCACCCCUUGUGGGAGAAUACCUGUUUACCCAUCCAGUUGCAUCCCUCAGUCUGUCCAUGCAUGGAGAAGAAGGCAAUCCAUCUAAAGCCAUUGAUACCUCCCAGCCAACUCAUAGUUCUACAAGUUCUGAUGGUGAAAAUACUUUGGAGAGCUCUAUUGGUUUGGAUGGGGAAAGAGAUGUGCUUGUCAAGAAGAAGAAAGUGAGGGCAGUCACUCCAACUUCUGAACAGCUGGCAUCCUUGAAUCUGAAUAAAGGGAAGAACACAGUAACCUUCACAUUCUCAACUGCGAUGCUGGGGCCACAGCAGGUUGAUGCUAGAAUCUUUUCUUGGAAAUGGGACACUCGUGUAGUCAUUUCCGAUAUUGAUGGGACGAUUACCAAAUCUGACGUUCUAGGACAAUUUAUGCCCUGGGUUGGAGUAGAUUGGUCACAGACUGGUGUUGCUCAUCUAUUUUCUGAUAUUAAGGAAAAUGGGUAUCAAUUACUUUUUCUAAGUGCACGUGCUAUUUCUCAGGCCUAUCACACUAGACAAUUCCUCUUUAACCUUAAGCAGGAUGGAAAGGCUAUACCAGAUGGGCCUGUUGUUAUUUCACCUGAUGGACUCUUU